AUGGACAACCGGGUGUCGGACCAUCGCACCAAGAUCAACUAUGACCUCGGCUCGUUCCUCAAUGGCGAUAUUGACAACGCCAUCCAGGUGAGGACGGACAAUGCCAUCCAGGUGAGGACGGACAAUGCCAUCCAGGUGAGGACAGUCGAUGCCAUCCAGUCCAUGGUGGCGAUGGAGCAGAAGGAGAUGCUGGAGGAGCUGGCAGCGUCCGUGCAAACCACAGUUUGA